UAAAGUAUUUCAUUCAUUUUCUCAACCUUACCUUUAGAAUGUCAAGAAGCACUAGGUAUGGAAAGUGGUAAAAUAACUGACAGUCAGAUAAGCGCCUCGUCCAGGUAUAAUGACUUUGGUUCCGCCAGAAUGGGCAGACUACACAAUCAAGAUGGAAGUGGAGCUUGGACAGCCGCCACAAAUGAUUCCAAUCCAUGGCUCCAAGUUAAUUUUGGAAGUUACGUUACCAGAGUGACACGCGUAGCAACGCAAGGAAGGUAUGGAGAAUUUAUCCAAUGGGUCAUUGACUACAAACUACAGCACAGUCAGGAUGGAGUUAACUUUCAGUACUACAGGGAACAGGGACAGACCACAGACAAGGUCUUUACUGGGAACACAGACCAGGACACCGUUGUGUCACAUGACCUUAAUCCACCAAUCACUGCACGUUACAUCCGUUUUCAACCAGUAGAAUCAAAGACGUGGAUUUCAAUGAGAGUGGAACUCUAUGGUUGUCAACAAGGUACUUAGUUUUGAAGGUCUUCUCUCUAGUAAGCCAGUUACACACAAUACAGACUCAAAUGACACCUUGUAUAUUGUCCAAAAUUUCAGUUACAAAAGUAAUGCCAGUAAUGGAUAUCAGAUAUACGUCAAUUAACGAAUCAUAACGACCUACGUUACAGCGGGCCCGCCUUUAGACUACGAGUAGUCCCUCUUUCGCUUAGUCCGUCGUGCGUUACGCGAAAGAAAACUGCAAGAACAAAAUAGUCUGGCGAAAUCCUGGGGGCGAGUAGCGCGCGAAAGGAGGGACUACCACCUAAGCCACAGAGUUUGACCUUCCACGGGCGAGUGAUUUUUCGGUGUAGGAUUUCUCAUCUUGACGUCCUAUUAUUAUUAAACCUUGGGAGAUAUCCUGAAUAAAUGCUCAACUAUACUCUUCAAGUAGCGAGGCAAAAACAUGCCAUGAGAAGUAUAUCUUCGUGCAAUGUUCUUUCAGCGAAACUGCCAAAGAAGUUUUAAAAAGAAGACGGCGACGGAGGGAUCUUGUAACGAUUUUUGCUGCGUCUGUAGGUGUAAAUCUAAAAGUUAUUGCGAAAAUUUCAAAUGCAAAAUUUCAACCGAGAAUUUACAUUGCGUAUUUGACAUAGGAGAUCAUCCAGCUGCGCUGAAAUAUUUGCCGAUAGCAGCAGAAAGUUUCGUGUGAAUGUUCGGUUUCAAGUGAAAGUCCGGUUCAAUCUUUCAAAUGGACGGCAGAAAGGCCGAGCUCAGCCGUGAAUUCAUAUUUACUGAAUUGUUCUUGGACGAUGCUGUUGAGCGGCGAAAUCACUAUCACGCUCGCAGUCGGGUUAGAGGCGGAAAGCUUUGCCAAACAAAACACUUAAUAGAUUUAAAUCUUUCCAAAGCCUGUUGGCAGAAUCGCAAGAACAACACGGCUUGCGAAGCCUGAUUCCAAAGUUUCGAUUUGCUCCGGUUCCAAAACAUUCCUGCAAGACGUCACACGUUUCUCGAAUGUUGACAACGUGUUGUCAACGCUCC